AUGGCAUCCAUCUCGGGUGCUAUACCCCGACAGGCGCCGCCCGUCAGCGAUUCCUUCGGCGAUGCUGAGCAGAAGUCAAAACGCGCCAGGACGAGCAAGCCGAAAGUCAAGACCGGGUGUAAUAACUGCAAGCAGAGGAGAAUCAAGUGCGACGAAAGGCGGCCCGCCUGUGCAAACUGCAUCCGAUCCAAGAAGAUAUGCCCCGGGUAUCCGCCACCACCGCGGAGCUCGCGCCCGUUCGAGGAGAUCAAGAUCGCCCCAAAGCCUAUCGGAGCUGUGACGGCAAGUGCGCCACCACCAAACCGCGAGCCUAUCCAGCUGCCCCCCCGACGGGCUUUGAAGAACCAGCGACGGACCACCCCCCCUCUGACGCCAAGUACUCCAAGUGCUAUGAUGCUGUUAUACCACCCCUCGAUGACCCUUUUUAGCGAUCAAGAAGGCCAGUACUUCCAGCUGUUUCGUGAACACACCGCAAGCGAGCUUUCUGGUUUCUUCGACUCGGCUUUUUGGACUCGCAGCGUCCUUCAGGAGUGCCACUCCGCAACCGCUAUCCGCCAUGCCGUUGUCGCACUGGGCGCCUUGUAUAAGACGCUUGAGAAAUCUAAUGAGUCACCGCCAGCGUCGCCAUACCCAGACAGUGAUCCUGCCGACAACGCGCGGCGGCACUGGGAGAUGGCUUUCAGGCAGUAUUCGCAUGCCUGUAAUGCUCUGGUGAAAGCGGACUCGGCUGAGAUCACUUCGCACAGGACGAGGCUAAUGGCAAGUGUGCUGUUGGCGUGUUUCGACUCAUUUGUUGGCGACCAUAGGCAGGCCAUCGUCCAAAUUCAGACCGGACUGGGGCUGCUGGAGCAGCUGCGUGCUGAGAGGAAGCGGGCCUUCCUCUCUUCAUCCGAGGAACCCGUCGAGGAGGAGCUGACGCAGAUGUUCACGCGUCUUGCCAUCCAAGCGAAAUCCUACGACAUGGCCUUCCAUUUCCCGCAGCCCUGGGUCGUGCGCCUGACCUCGAGUCCCGGGCAGGACCCUACUUCACCUUCUUCCGAUGCCUCGUCCCCGCCGAGCAUCAACCAGGAUCCCAUCCCGGACCGCUUUUCAUCGGUUAUGGAAGCGCGGAUGGCGUGGGACAAGCUCUGCGAGCGCAUCUUCCGCUUCACCGAGACCAUGUUUGCUCACGCACAAAACGGCGUCAUGGGUGUGCUGCCCACGUCGCUGCAGCACUACGGCAUUUCCUUCAAGAAGGACAUCGAGGCUUGGUCCCAGGCGUUCGAUCACAUCCUUGCCUCCAGGACAGCGCCGGGUGUGAGCAGCCAGGAAAAGGCUGCCAUUGCCGUGCUCAAGAUGUUCCAGAUCAUGGGCAAAGUUCUCUUCCUCAUGACCUUCAGCGACAGCGAAAUGCACUUUGACAACUUCACCCCCUACUUCAAGGGCAUCGUCGAUCUCGCGCUUGAGGUGGUCGGCGACGAGGAACGCAGAGCAGCAGCGAAGCGGUGUCCGGACCCAGCUUUCUGCCGCCACCAGGACCGCUGCGAGCCCGACAUCUUCGGCGGUCACGAAUACGCCGCACGACACAUCAAACCCAGCUUCAGCGCCGACCUGGGAAUUGUCCCACCAUUGUACGUGGUCGCCACCAAGUGCCGCGAGCCGCACAUUCGGAGGCAGGCUAUCCAGCUGCUGCGCAGCAGCGCCAGGCGAGAGGGCAUGUGGGACAGCGAGCUGACGGCCCGAAUCGGCAUGUGGAUUGCCGAAAUCGAAGAAGAGGACAUCAAUUUCUUCGACGGGUCUGGAUACGGCAAAACGCUUCCCACCCCGGCCUCCAGCCCCGUCCAGACGCACUCUCACCCUCCGACAGGCGGCAGCAGCCCUCAAUUCCAGUCUUACUCAGGAAUCGGAAACACACGGUGGGAAGCAUCCCCCACUCCAAGUGCGAGCUCAAGUCAUACCGCAUUUCCCUCGCCUCGCUCACCGCCACACCAACAACAGCAUUAUCAUCAUCAGCAGCAGCAGCGCAAGGCGAUACCAAUACCCGAGGAGAAGCGGGUCAUGGUCAGGGCAGUCGAGUUCGACUUGCGCGAGCGAUCGGCUGUCAUCCAGCUGGGGUCGCGGAACCUCAAGACGGGCACCCCGGAUCUGAAGACGAGGGUCACCAAGAUUACAUGGUACAGUGGGGGGCCAAAAGUAUCCGAGCACCCCACCUCAAUUAAACGCGAACUCAGCGCGUCGCGACCAGUACGGUUUCUUCAACCUUCCACAACUCGACCAAAUGAAGCUCAAUUUAAAAGAUUUUGCGGGCCAGCUGACAGCAAACCGCAGCCGGAACCAGGAGUUAUCGCUCGGGAUUCAUGCCGCAAUGUGCACGCUGGUGGCAGCUGGAAAAAGCGAGCGGUUCGUCGCGGGCUUGUUUCGCGUCUCUCCGUCCACGGUACACUACGCCAUUGA